GGGACAGGGACAGCGUCGCUGCCGUACCGAGCCGCCGGCGGCGGCGGUCGCAGCAGCUGCUCCCGAUGCUGCGGUGGCUCAUCGGCGGCGGCCGUGAGCCGCAGGGCCUGGCGGAGAAAUCAUCUGUACAGACAGUUGGUGAAGAACAAAUACAGAAUCCUUACACGGAGCUUCUUGUGUUGAAAGGUCAUCAAGACAUAGUACGAUUUCUUGUGCAAAUAGAUGAUUGCAGGUUUGCAUCUGCAGGAGAUGAUGGCGAUAUAUUUCUGUGGAAUGCUCAGACCGGAGAAAAACUUUCUGAACUUCAUGGACACACCCAAAAAAUUACAGCUGUAGCACCAUUUCCUUCAUCAGAUGCUUCUGAAGAAAAAAAACACUUGAUUUUAACAGCAUCAGCUGAUAGAACAGUUAUUGUUUGGGAUUGCAGUAGUGGCAGACAGGUUCAGAAAGUGUCAUGUUUCCAUUCUACUGUCAAGUGUUUGACAGUUCUUCAAAGACUGAAUGUAUGGUUGUCUGGAGGGAGUGAUCUGUGUGUUUGGAACCGAAAAUUAGAUCUCUUGUGUAAGACCAGUCAUCUUACUGAUGCAGGUAUUACUGCUUUGGUUGAAUUGCCUAAAAAUUGUGUUGCGGCAGCUGUUGGCAAAGAGCUAAUAAUUUUUAGGUUGAUUGCUUGUAAUGGUGAGUCUGAAGGUUGGAAUGUCGUUGAAGUAAAACGCCUUGUUGACCAUCAGGAUAACAUUUUGUCACUAGUCAGUGUCAAUGACUCUACUUUUGUGACAGGUUCUCAUGUGGGUGAGUUAAUAGUUUGGGAUGCACUUGACUGGACAAAGCAGGCAUCUGAGUGCAACUUCUGUGACGACUCUGUUCAUCCAGAUAUACAGCCAGAAAUAAAGUUAUCUCAAAGCCCAAAUGAAACUUCAGUUCAACACUUAACAUCUGAUGAGGAGUGUGUGUUUGCUGCUGUUGGGAAAGGCAUAUACGUAUAUAAUCUUCAAAUGAAGCGUGUGAUUGCCUGCCAAAAAACUGCUCACGACUCUUCUGUACUGCACAUUGCGAAGAUUCCAAACAGGCAGCUGAUCUCCUGUUCAGAAGAUGGCAGUGUGCGCAUUUGGGAGCUCCGAGAAAAGCAGCAGCUGCCAGCUGAAGUGGUUCCAACAGGGUUUUUCAACAUGUGGGGAUUUGGAAGGGCAAACAAGCAGGCAAACCAGGCUGCUAAGAAGAUGCAGGAAAAUACACCCGUAUAUUUCUUGGAGCUCGUUGGUGAUUUGAUUGGUCAUUCAUCAGCUGUGCAGAUGUUCCUGUACUUUGGUGAACUGGGACUGGCUACGUGCUCUGCUGACCACCUCAUCAUUUUGUGGAAGGAUGGUGAACGAGAAUCUAGACUUCGCAGUUUAACACUGUUUCAAAAAUUAGCGCAAAAUGGUGUUCUGCAGCUCAAAUUUUAAAUUGGGUACAGGCUAUGUAUGUGUAAACUGGGUGCGUGUUAAGUGUGAGUGUGAAGGAAAGUCUGAACUACUUGGAAUAACUACCAGUAACUACCAGUAAUAUCAUUUAUUAUAUUAGAGUUAUUGUUAGUUGCUGCUACUCUUCUCAAAGGAGAAUUUUGCAUGUUGAAACUUAUUUUGCUUACUCUGUCAGGAGAAAUGGUGUUCUGUUGAAACACUGAAGAUAAUGCUAGUUUCUAAUAUUAUUCCUAAUGUUUAAAAAUAUCAUGGUCAGAUUUCAAAACUAAGAUUUGUGAAAGUCCUUAAAUGGAUCAAAAGUAAAGCAGCUGGGGGCAUUCCGCAGUUUUAUGUGCAGAAAGGAAGCAUAUUAAAAAACACCGAGUCUU